AUGGCCCAUACUUCUUUUGCAGCAGCAGCAGCUGUAGUGCUCUUGCUGUCGUCCUCUCCCUUUACCUCGAUCGUCGGCGCACUACAGCCCUCUGCUCCGGACCCUGUCGCUGCGCCAUUGCGCGACCUGGAAUGGGGGCAACUCAACUUUCUACAUACUACAGACACCCACGGCUGGUUGGCUGGACACUUACAAGAACCCUCUUAUGCGGCGGACUGGGGGGACUACAUCUCUUUUGCCGCCCGCAUGCGCGACAAAGCCGAAUCGGAUGGCUCAGAUCUGUUGGUGAUCGAUACAGGUGAUCGAGUCGAAGGUAAUGGUCUGUAUGACUCUUCGGAGCCCAAAGGCGUCUACCUCUCCGAGAUCUUGCGGGAACAACACAUAGACCUUCUGUCAUCGGGAAACCAUGAGCUGUACAAUCGGACGACGUCCCAAGCAGAGUUCUUCACCACUAUUCCCAACUUCCGUGGAAGUUACCUAGCAUCGAAUGUCGAUAUCCUACACCCAGCAAUCAACGAAUUUGUUCCUUUGGCGCCUCGCUUCAAGAAAUUCACCACGCAAAAUCAAGGGAUUCGCAUUAUUGCCUUCGGCUUUCUAGACCAAGAUGUGGACCUCUUCCUCGUUCUUGGUCAUGUCCCUGUGCGCUCCGUUGAAUAUGAUGCUGUGUACCGGGAGAUCCGCGCUAUCCGGUGGGAUACACCUAUCCAGUUUUUCGGGGGGCAUUACCACAUUCGGGAUUAUGUGCGGUACGACUCCAAAGCCUACGGACUUGCGAGUGGCCGUUUCAUGGAAACUAUUGGCUUCAUGUCAAUCGAUGGGCUGUCCACCAGCAAACAUCACAUAAAGCCCGCCAUGGCAGCGCCUAAGUUCAGUCGGAAGUAUAUCGAUAACAAUUUGUUCUCAUUCUACCACCACACCGACCUGGAUGAGGGCACAUUUCACACGGAGCAUGGCCGGAAUGUAUCCUUACUUAUACAACAAUCCAGAAGCGCUCUCAAGUUGGACAAAAUUCACGGUUGUGCUCCGAGGGAUCUCUGGAUGUCACGCGUCAAGUACCCUCAUGAGAACAGUAUAUAUACAUGGCUAGAGGAAGAAGUGCUCUCCGUGUCUCUAAAAGAUGAGUCACGUAGUGGAAAGCCGGCGCUUGCUAUUGUUAAUACGGGAGCUAUUCGCUUCGAUAUUUUUAGAGGCCCUUUCACCCAGGAUACAACAUAUAUUGUCUCCCCCUUUUCCAGUGGUUUCCGUUACGUCAAAGACGUUCCUUACCACAAAGCGAAGUUCGUGGUCGAGGUACUCAACAAACAGCCUCAAAUAAUGACCGAGCAGCGUCAACAUGUAGGUCUACCGACCUGGUCACUCGCACCGCCUGAGCAAUCAGCACAUGCAGGCGAUACAGCCGCUAACCGUGGCGAGAGUUUGCGCCCUGCAUGGUACGCUUCAGGCUCGCUUACCGACCAGGCCUUACUUUCAAUGAAAGACUAUGCCGGGCCUAACCUGAUUCCAGGGUAUACUACCACUGAUGAUGCUGGGACGGAUGGUGAUGAUACCGUCCAUUCUCCUCUCACAUUCUAUCGAGUACCAAACUGCAUUCAAUCCCUGGUAUCUCCGACCGCAUCUGACCCGCCUGAAACGGUGGAUUUGGUUUACAUCGAUUUUAUUGAGCCCUAUGUAGCACUAGCGGCCAAGUUUGCAAGCCUUGAUGUGGAUUUUACGCGGGACAGUGACGUCUACAUGCCAUCCACUAGUCUAACAAGCCUGAUUCUGAACUGGGUCAAGACGAACUGGGGCUGCGAAGACGGAUCUUUAUGA